AUGUCUACCCUCAUGGCGGAUGGCUUGGUUGACAAGCUGCGAGUUGAAAAUGUACUCGCAGUUCGACACAUCAUGUCUUCUGACUCUACGACGCUAUUUAUCAAUAGGUCUUCGGAUAACCAUGCCCCUGCAUUGGCGGAGAACUCUCUAACUUCUCCGUUGAUUUCACCUUUCAUUGCUGCAUCGCUAGGUGUCGAUACCGUUUCGGUCGUCGAACUGCUUAUCCAGCUUGUCUACCAAGAUCUGGAGUGCGUCUCUGCUCUCCCUGAUGAGCUCAAUUCCUCCACUGAUCAGGUCUGCAGCAUUGUAAAGCUCAUCGAGCUGUUUGGUCUCAUUCCCGCUGGUCGAGACCCCUUCGGAGUAACCUCUGUACUUUUCCACUAA